AUGCAUCCAUGGACACGAGUUUAUCGCCAUGGCUCAGCCAACCAAACCAUGAAAGGGUUUCUGCUUAGUCAGACUCCGCCAGCAGGAAAUUUUCGGAAUGGACACGCGGUUAAGCCUUUGUCCAUCCCAUGGGAAUUACCAAACCAAAAAUCUGAAUCUUAUUGGAAUGACGUAUGUAAUGAUUUAGAAAAAAAAGUACGAAAAGUAAGAAAUCCUUUCUCUCAUUUUCCUUUCAUAUAUCAUUCAAAUAAUAAUUUAUAUUUUGAUCCUCUCGAUUCCGUAGAAUUAAAAAAUCUCAGUCAAGUUCAAUCUCACGAAGAACCUGUGGUUAAGGUCUCACCACCAACACCUUUACGAAAAUUGUCUUUUAUUUUCGCAACGGAAAAUUUUCACAAUAAGAAUCAUACAGUAAAUAAAAAUGAUAUUCAAUUUGAUGACAAUGUCUUAUUAGAGUUACAUUUGCUCAAGGAAAAAAAAGACCUCUGUUCAAAUAGUUUUAGGAAAGAUAAAAGUGAUAUUACCAAUUUACAAUUUUACACCAAGAAGAAAUGUCCUUUUCACAAAAAUGAACCUGCCCCUCAAAUUUUCGACGAAGAUCUGAAAAAAUACUUGUCAUCGAAAAAAGUUCAACCCUUAAUUUCAAAAAUAUCAUGCUCAUUACAUUCAAAUAAAAUCGAGAGAGAUGAUAAUGUAAUAGAAAAAAUAAAAAAUCAAACUUCAUUGGAAAUUGAUAAUUUGGACAAUUUAAUAGAAACAAAUGAUUUACAUAAGAAAAAUUCCCUUUCAUUUAAUACUCAAAAACUCAUUAAAGCGCCAAAAUUAGGAAAAGCCAGUCUACUAGCAAGUUUUGCUAAAACAGUAUCAAUUCCAAGUUCCAUAGAAACGUACGAAUCUUUAGACAAAGAUAAUUCUAAAUCUGAUAUUAAUCUUGAUACACAGACGGAAAAAAAUAUUUUAAAAGAAUCAGAAGAAAAGCUUGAAAUUCCAAAGAGUAUCCCAAAAGAUUAUUUAAAAGUUCCUAAAUUAGGGUAUGCAAGCUUACAUCCGAGUUUUCGAAAGCUAAUCCCCAUGGAUAGUUUUUCCAUCGAUAAUAAAAGUGAAGCUGAAAAUAAUUCCAUUCAAGAAAUGGUUUUCGAAUAUUCUUUUAGUUUCAAUAAACCCGAAAUUGAUGAUAUGAAAAAUGAGAGUAUCACCAAAGUUGAAAAAACAUUUCAAACUGAACAAAAUUCUAAAACUUGUCAAGAUAAAUCGUUAAAUUGUAAUGAUAAAGAAACACGUAAUGGUUUACAAAUAUCACAAACAAAGACACAAGAAACGAACAAAAGUUCAAGUAAAAAAAACCAAUCUGUAAGAUAUGCUCACCGUGCUCUAAAAUAUUUAACAAAGCAAAAGGAUUUAAAUUAUUUCCCUCUCAAAUACAACUUAGAAAUAACAAAAUCAGAGACUUCUUCUAUUUCUGAAAUUAAGCUUACAAACAAGAGUAUAAAACGAAGAAAAGAACAAAUUGUUUCUACAAAUUACAGAAAACUUCAUGAAAAAUUGAGAACAAUAUCCUCCAAAUAUUUAGGUGAAAAUUAUUUCCCAUUGAUAAAGAAAAGUGACGAGAUAAAAACAAUUAUCUCCACUACUCGCAGCACUUCUGGAUCAAGUACAAAAUUUCAGAACAUUCAAUUUGAAUCAAAAUCUCUUACGAGUAUACCAUCCUUAAAAAUGUAUCCAAGAAAAAAUUCCGAUAGAUGCCUUCCCUGUCUUUUUAAAACUUUCGAAAAUACUGUAAAACCUAUAUUACCUCAACAAUCAAUUAUAAAAUCAUCUGAUGAUGAGAGUUCUGUCACCAUUCCUGAUUUAGAAAAUCCUGUUUUGGAAUCCCUAAUUCCCGUUCGAGAAUCAUCUGCAAAAGUGACAAAGGAUCUGACAAAGGACUAUACAUUACAAAUAUCGCAAGAAACAGAAAGUAAUUUGCCGAAAGAUUAUAGUUUGUCACCAAAGAGUACCGAUUUAAAGAAACUCAGUUUGAAAUCGAGUUCUGCUCAAUCGACAGAUAUCUCAAAACCAUCAACACCAAGUGGCCAGAGUUCCGAAUCGGAAGACGCUCAAGCCGAUAUGUCCAAUGAAGCAAUAGAUAUAACGAAAAAUCUCGCUCCAUUACACACUCCACUGAUCUGGAAACCCAGUUUAGAGUCAUUAAAAGCACUUCGUUCACGAAAAGCAAUUUCCAUCCAAUCGCGUGUCAAUUUAAUUGUCUCCAAGUCACUCGAUGACAGUGAUGUUGAUGAUGUAUCGAGUGACGUAUCAACGCCAAAAGGUUCACGAAAACAAGAAGAAAAAUCACUAAUUAAAAGUGUGACAAUUCAAAGUCCAAAAACAAAAAUCGAUUCGAAAAAAGGAGACAUUGAUAAACCUGCCUUAAAAGGAAAACGAAAAAAGUUAUCAAGAACAAAAACCACAAUGGGAGAAAUUAAUGUUUUUGCAAAAGAUGAAGAAAAAAAAGCACGUCUCAUAAGAGCGGAAACAAGUGUUGACUUAACAUUAAAAUUUUCCGAAUCAAGGAAAAUAUUUUUUGACACUGAAAACGAUGGAGAAUCGUAUAAUAAAAAUUUUAAUCAAUUAAUAGCCAACAAAAAAUCAUUAGAAUUAUCCCCAGAUCAAAAAGAAUUAUUAGAGAUUUUAGAAAAGUGUUUGAAUAAUGAAAAAUCAUCUAGAGAUAUUUUAAAUACUUUGUGCAAUUGGUAUUCAAUACGUAAUAAAGAAAUUCGAAAAAGUGAUACUGACCCCGAUUUAAAAAAGACUUUAAAGAUUUCAUUGAACUUGUUGAGAUUACUCGCAGAAUCGAGACGGUAUUUGAAUUCUGAUAAGUUUUCCCCUGACCUUGAAUUUUCCCUACAACAGCCAUUCCAAUGUAAUUCCCGACAACUUCGACGUACCCUACCACUAAAAUUAUACAACAAAUUGGCUCCUAUUCUCAACAUGCCCGUCUGGUAUCCAAAAAAUCUCACAGAACUUGAGAUUAACGUUCCGCAAAAUGAAAUUUUCAAGAAUGAAACAAGUACCAGUGAUUUAUUAACUGAUUUAAUUGUACAUCCACCUUCUCAGAAUCAGUCAUCUCUAGAUGAUCGUCAGAUGAAAAAUUUAAAUCCAUACUAUCGAUUUUUAAGAAAGCCACGACGAAAGUCUGUAAUAUGGCGUUCAUUAAAUGCUGAAGAUUUAAAAGGUUACAAUCCCGAUGAUUCGUUGCAUAAUAGAGCCACUAAAAUCACUGACAAAAUUUCUCAAGAGUUUUGCGAAUGGCUACAGGAAUUAAGUGGUCCAUUACAACACAUAAAUGAAGAAGUUCUAAAAGACAUGUUUCAAAUUAUAUUUACCGCAGACGCAUGCCAAUCCACAAAGGUGUUUAUAAAAGAACUUCCAACAGUACCAAAACCAGUAGCCUUAGUAAGAAACUCUGCAAAUGCAAUUGAACUACAGAUGACUCGUAAAGAACUGAUUCAUGACAGAAAGAUUGAAAAUAAACCAAAAACAACAAUAGCAUUUGGAACAGCUUUGCCGAAAAAUAUGCGCUUUGUUCCACCGAGCAAUAAAGUCAAAGAAAAAUGGUUUUUACGUAAGAAUAUCUGUGACGAUCUUAAAUCAAUGGAAAUUGUCUGGAAUGGAAUAAAACAUUUAGAAGUCACUAAUCGAUAUAUCGAUUGGAUAAAAAUUAAUACCAAUAUUAAAGUUCCAAAUAUUUUGAAUUGUGAUGUUCAAACGAAUGUGUCAGUUUCAAAAUUUUCACAGGCGGAUACAAUCUUUUCAGAGGAAUACGAAAAACAGAACAUUAUCUGCAAUUGA